AUGACAAUAGAAGACGCAUCACUAACAUUCAAAGAACGAAGUCGUUCAAUUCGAUUUCACGAAAAAGGUCGGGUGUGCGAGAAAGGUGACUAUGAAACUUAUGGUUAUGCUCGUGGUAGUCAAGCCUAUUCUAGUGGUAUACAUUCAAUUCGAAUGAAAUUCGAGAAAGCAGACUCAUCUAAAUCGAAUAAUGUUGAAUGGUGUCCAUGGGUCUUUAUUGGAAUCUGCUCAAUGGCAGACAAAUCGGCAUACGGCGAUGUUAGAUAUCAUCGGUUACGUUCGGCUUAUGGUUGGUCAACAAACGGAGACAUCUGGCUCAAUGGAAUGGGAAAGCGCAUUCAGUGGCCCGGAACACCAGUGGAAAACGAUAUACUUCAGUUGACAAUCGAUUGUGAUGCACGAACGUUGGUACUACAGAACGAGCGGACACGCGAGAAGACGAGAGAAAUCAAAGUAAACCUUGAAGACAAGAGUCAAUACCCUUGGUGUUUGCAUCUUGUUCUUGCUAAUUCGGACUAUAGAGUGCGUUUGCUGUAAACUUUUGUAAUAUUUAUCGGAUGGGUUUUAGCUUCUUUGGAAAUAAAACUAUUUUUCAUAACAGUAGCCACCAAGUCGCAACUUGGUCGUUCUUCUGUUCCUAAUAUCAAUUGUCAAAAGAAGCUUGACGCCUCCAAAUCGAAUAGAAAGCAUUAUCUAAGCACAGAGAUGAACGAUUUAAAAUAAGUCUAAUAAACGCUCACAUGCAAAAUAGUAUAGAGUGUUAAUCGAUCGCAUAUUUGUGCAAUAUCCCUUGUCCAUUUUGACUGUAACUUUGAUUGGGCUCAUAGUUCCAUUAUUCGCUUCACAGAAAAUAUGUCCGAUGUAUGAUUACAGUUUUAUCAGAGCUAUGCGCCGAUGAUACAGACAGGUGAGGUACUGAACUGAAGUAAAUAUUGAUAAAAUCGAGCUUGAAUUACUCUAUAUCUACAACGUAUCAUCCAUUAACAAUGGCGCCGAGAGACUCUCGCAUUCUCUCCAAUUAAAGAUUGAUAUUCAUGCGUUUGCCACUCAAUUGAUAACGGCGUAAAGAUAAUAUUCAAUAAUAUUCAAGUACCAGUUAAUAUUUCGCAACAGUAACUAGCAAUAGUUGUCGUUAUCCACUGAAAAGAAUACAGUUCUGUUUAUUAAGAAUAACUGAUUAGUUAUGGUGAAUUCGCAAAAGAUUUGAAUGCAGGCAAAUAUUUGCGAGGGAGAAAGGCUUGUCUGAGACGUACAACAGCGAACUGAGAGGGGUAGAGAUCAAACGUAGCUGCAAAUCGGCGCCAUUGUUAAUGGAUGAUACAUUGUAGAUAUAGAGUAAUUCAAGCUCGAUUUUAUCAAUAUUUAUUCACAUCUCAUCUGUCUACAUUUUUAAUAUUACAUUAUUACAUCUUCUCACUAAAGCCUACCUUUCUGGAGUGUUGUUCUAAAAUUUAAUUUAAAUACUUUAAAAUACCCAGCUUUGUAGUUGUUACUGACUCCACUAAGCACUUUCUUUUUUUAUACGACUUCUUAUCAUCACUUCUUAUCUGCAACUGAAUAAUAUAAGUAAUAACCAGAAAAAUCUAUGAAAAAUAACAAAGGGAAGAAAACAAUGAAAAGAAACACUGUAUAGGACUAUUCUUAUCAUAGUAAAAAUGACAUGCCAAAACAUAUUUCAUUAAUAUAACACGUCAUUCGAUAAAGUUAUGUUUCUAGAUUAGCAAUAAAAUAGUAUAGCUUUCAGUACAAAAGCAAAAGCGAGCAAAAAGAAAACAAUUAUGAAAAAUUGGAUUAAAAAAUAUCGUAUGUUCGAGAAUAAAAAGAUUUUUGGAUUACCAAUGUUGUGUACUUAACUUGAAUGAAAUCUCCUUCAUCUUCUUUAAUAUGUUCCAAAACAGAUACCAUCUAUAAAACUUCUACACAUAUCCCUAGUUAUCCUUGUGCAAUUGGCAUUCGAAUUGGAAAAGACUAUUUUCAGAUAGGUAGGCUUUAGCGAGAAGAUGUAAUAAUGUAAUAUUAAAAAUGUAGACAGAUGAGAUGUGAAUAAAUAUUGAUAAAAU